AUUUUAUUUUAUUUUUAGUUUCUUGUUGGUAUCCUUCUCUCCACCAUACGCAAAUCCAUCUGCUCGAUCCAGUCCCACAAAAAUACACCCUUUUUUUUUCUUGAGUUUUCCUUUCGAAUCCGUACGGUUCAGAUUGCGAGGGUUUCCGCUGCGGCGGAUAUUUUUGUUUUCUUUGUUUAAAUUCGCCGACUCCUAGGAUUUUUUUUCUUUUUUUUUAUCUGGAUCAGAUCUGGGUUCUUUUUUUUGGAAGCGAUUUCGUUGUUAAAAUUUCGCAAAGAUGUUUUGGCGUAUGGCCGGAUUGUCCACUGCGUCUCCUGUUGAGCCAAUUUUAGAUAAGGAAAAUUUUACACCGGAGGAGCUUCUUGAUGAGGAUGAAAUCAUUCAGGAAUGCAAAGCCCUUAAUGGGCGGCUUAUAAACUUCGUGAUUGUCAAUCUUCUUGAUGAUUUAAAUACCUUUGCUGCGGGAACCCCGACUCGGAACAUGGGGAUGCCUUCUUCUGACUGCCAAGAAUGGAGUUGCAGCAAUUCGGGCCUUGAAGUUCUUGUAGGAUAGGACAAGGUUUUGCACCACGUCAGUUUUGACUACACCAUCAACUGAGAAAUUCAGGGUAAACAUAUAAGUGUACGUUUACAAGUGAGUUCUUGUUUUCUCUGUUGUUGCUCACUCAAAUUUGAUAGUAUAUUAUUUUAUCAGUUAUAGGUUAUCUUGCAAUUUAUAAAAGGGUUCUUGUUAGAAUUGCAAGAGAAUCUCAAUUAUUAGCUAAAUAGGCCACUGGUCAACAACAUUACAGCUUGCAUUUGCUGGAAUGCCUCUUUUAUUUUUCCAUUCUUUCAGAGGCAGUGGUCUUUUAAUGUUUACUUGCUUAGCAUUUUCUUAAUAUUUAUUCAACUUUAGAUUUAAAUUUUAUUUAUAAAAGAAAUUAUAUUCCAUUAUUAGACCCUCUACACUCUAGUUUUACGUUGGAGCCUUGCACAAUUUUAUUUCAAAAUAAAUGGACUAUUAUAAGUGUAAUAAAAUACCAAAAUAAUGUUGAAUACUUGG